UAGCAGCAUGCAUGUCGAUAGACGUCAUUUGGUUUUAAUGGCCUACAGGAAAUUUGGCGUUACAGCGCUAGAUAUUAGCAAGGGGAAAAGGACAGGAAAACCAGCCGCAUGACAAAAACUGCUUAUAGGGAUCUACGUAUUCAACAUCAGCAUUUCUUAUAUAGAUUACUUUUAUCAACAAGUUAUACUGCGCUUUCCUCGAUCGUCGUUGAAAGUGCAAUUGACAGGAGAAGCGUGCCUCGCGUUAGUUGUUUGGGGAGCGAAAAUUUAUGCCUCGUUGAAAAUGCCUGGGGAAAUAUUACAUCAGACGAAAUGACAAUGAUUAAAAUCUGAUUUUUUUUCUCUCUCCCCCCAUCUCCAAGUCUGUUGAGCGACGUGACACUGUUUGUGAUACUCAACAGCACUGAACCGUUAUCCCGCAGCGAACCGCAACUUAAAAAACCGUUACCGGGGACUGAUUUUUUGCGGAAAAAAGAGCCGCUAAUGAUUCAGGCUGGCGCUCAGAUAAUCGCAAUUUCAGGGUAAAAAAAAGAGGAGAAACGCGGCGUUUUCAUCUCGAAAUUAGCUAGGGCGCGAGUAGGGUUGAGCUAAUUGUAGCCUAAUCCUUGCCCCAGAGGCAUUUGGAAAGCCCGGAGCAAGAACUCUUUUUUAGCUCCCCUCUGUUAUUUAGAGACGGAUUAUUGGCUUUCUUCUUCUCAUAACAGAGCCGGCAGUUUCAUUUUAGGAAAAAGAAGGACAAGACGGCAAAAAGGAUCCCGCAGCCAGAGCAAGACCUUCUUCCGAUCUGAAGUAUACCGAAAUAAAACGGGGACGGAGAGCUUUCUCCUAUGUACAAGGGAGCCAGUACAGCACAGAAGGCCAUCAGGCUUGGAAGCGUUGAAACCAGAAGAGGAAGUUGAAUGGACUCGAUCAUCACUACAAAGAAGAUGACUUUGGGAGGCUGAAGACCCGGACAGAAGAUUAAGUCCUGGAAGAAUAGUCACCAAAAGAUGAUAUAGACAUGAACGUUUUUUUUUUUUUUUUAUAAAUCUAGUCCAGUGUAAGAUACUCAUAGCAACAGACCAGACUCUGCAGCUUAGAAUAACAAUAUAUACAUAUAAUAAUAAUAAAACAAUCUUUGGUGCACAUUUCCCUGUCAUGUUAUUUAGUCAUUAUGUAAGAAGGAAAAAAACUUAAGUACUACUUCUUAUUUAUUUACUCAGCACAAGUUUUUGCUUUCAGCAUUUUUAUGACAUUAAUUAAAAUUUUUACACUUUUACCCUGCUGUACAAUGGGAUAUAUUUCAGUGAAGCAAUUUAACAGUACAGUGGUUAGCUUAGGGGUACAACAUCUUGGGAUUUAAGCGUGAUAUUUUGGUGUCAGUGUUGUAUCACUCUAGCUAAACAAGGUCAAAGGUCAUCCAUUUGUUAUUAAAUAUGCCACAUGGUUUUCUGUCAUGUUCAUAAAAUGGUUCACAACAUGCUGUUAUUGGUUGUUGGGGAGCCAGAUUGAUUGGCAAUAUAUUGCUGGUUCCAAUUGCAGGAGAAGCGAAUCUGUUGCACCCCAGAGAUCGGCUGUUUUACUAAGGAGAACAUCCAUGGAGAAAAAAUACUUAAUUCAGUCUUGUGUGAUUUCAGGUGGUGUUUGAUCAAAUCUGGGUGAUAUCACUGAAGCACUGAACUGUGAGCUGUUGAUGUUGCAGUAUUAUAUUGGAGCUUUAUGUUUGCAUCCACACUUGCCUCAAAAAGAGUCCCAUUGAAUCCUUUUGAAGCUAUUUGCUUGUUCCCUUUACCUUAUUUAUUUAUGCAUUUUAGGUAAAUGUCUUGAGUUAAAUAGGCAGACAGGCAGGUGGAUAUUGGUUGAUGAUACCCCUGAUCGCAGUGACAGCAGUGUCCUUCUCCUCCCCGGGGGCUGUCCCCCUCUCGUUUUGCAGGAAGGAAGAAGCAUGUCGCGCCUGUCUCUGACCCGAUCCCCAGUGUCACCUCUGGCUGCGCAGGGAAUCCCUCUCCCAGCCCAGCUGACCAAGGCAAAUGCGCCGGUUCACAUUGACGUGGGAGGACACAUGUACACCAGCAGUUUGGCCACCCUCACCAAAUACCCCGACUCCAGAAUAAGCCGCUUGUUUAACGGGACGGAGCCCAUCGUGCUGGACAGUCUGAAACAGCACUACUUCAUCGACCGGGACGGCGAGAUAUUUCGCUACAUCCUCAGCUUCCUGAGAACCUGCCGACUGCUCCUUCCGGACGACUUCAAGGACUUCCAGCUGCUGUAUGAGGAGGCGCGCUACUACCAGCUGACGCCCAUGAUCAAAGAGCUGGAUCGCUGGAAGCAGGAGCGUGAGCAGCGGCGGCUGGCCCCACCCUGCGACUGCCUGGUGGUGCGCGUCACGCCCGACCUGGGCGAGCGCAUCGCUCUCAGCGGCGAGAAGGUGCUCAUUGAGGAGAUCUUCCCCGAGACGGGAGAUGUCAUGUGCAACUCGGUCAACGCCGGCUGGAACCAGGACCCCACACACGUCAUCCGCUUUCCGCUCAAUGGAUACUGCAGGCUCAACUCUGUGCAGGUCUUGGAGAGACUGUUCCAGAAGGGCUUCAGCGUGGCAGCGUCGUGUGGUGGCGGUGUGGACUCCUCCCAGUUCAGCGAGUACGUGCUCUGCCGGGAGGACCGCCGCUGCCACAACAUCAACACGCCCGUCAGGAUAAAGCAGGAGCCCCUGGACUAGAGCGUGCUGGGGGGCCAACCAGGCCCGCCUCUGGGGCAAACUCUCCUUCCACAGAACAAAGCCGACCUCCACGUUCGCCACCCCCCCCACGCCCCCACCCCCCAUCUCCCUCACUGCAAAAAAAACAAAAAAAAAAACAAAAGAACAAAAACGAACCAAACUCCCAAGUAUUUGCAGACAUCAGCUUGUAAGGGCGGCUCUGCAGAAGGCGGCACUUUGAGGAAAAUCUGACCCCAGCACCAGAAAAAUGUUUCCAUUUAGCCGGGAUGACAAAAAGAAUGAGAGAGUGCGUCGGAUGAACAAACAAAGCAAGCGAAACGUCCUUUUGUCUCUCCCAUCCUGUGACGCUCUGCCAUCGUCAGGUACUCCAGCAGAGCGGGGACCCGUCUCAUGUCCCGACGCAGGAGCGUGUGGCGGUACCGCAUGUCCCGGCGCCCUGGAUCCCCGACGAGUGACUCGUCGUCGCUGUCAACAUGCCCAUGCAACAGAAACGGCCUUUGCUGCAUUUAAUCCAUCCCGUCCGUGUUCUAUUGCCUUUUAAUUUAUGAGGUUAUGUUCUGUUGUGUUCCAUAUGAAGGAUUUCUGAGAGCAGUUUUCAGAAGUCGUUUGCUUCGAGAGAGUGAGCAUGUGCCACCGUGGGCGCGCUGUGGAAACGCUGUCAUGUCCGGAGGCUACAUGGCUAAAGCACUCUGGCUGCUAAUGCAUUCAAAGCCAGGGAGGACCUCAUUGUUAGGGCCCGGCUGAAGGGUAGCUGCGCCGGUGCUGAGCUUUUGUAAUGGUGUUCCUAAGCCUUACCCCCCCCACCAAAAAAAAAUACACAACACAUGCGCAAAGGCCGCGGCGAUUCAGUGCAUGCGAUUACCCCUCUCCCGUGAUUAUCACCAGAAAGCUUCCACCGUGCGCGGCAAGGCGAACGCUAACGUCAUGAUUCUGACGACUGGGUGGAUUAUGCGAAGAUCCCCUGUAGCCUUUAGCAUAAAGCUACCGCGUCCGGGCAUCCGAUUCCCGGUGUUUGUUCCCGCCAUGUGGGAAUUGCGCCGUUAUGGCUCCGAUGCCGCCCACUCUGGCUGAGGUGCCUCUGUGAGGACAGGGUCCCCCAGGUGACUCCUCCGCUGAAAGGGGAAAGUGGUCCUAACGGAAUUUCAAAAUUUCACACCCACCUCCUUUCUCAGGUGUGCAAAGCUGAGCACUUAGAGACAAAGCAGUAAAAGCCACCAUGUUUAUUUGUGGGACUGUAACUGUUUUUUUUUCUCCCCGUGCAGAACUUACCAGCUUUCCAGGAGCAAGGAGUAGACAGUAAUAUAUACAAAUGGAUUUGUAGCUGUUAAUAUAACCCUCCUCCCAAAAUGCCAAGUGGCACAGUGUUAACACAGUAAAGAUAACAUUCUGGAGUUUUUUUUCUGCCCCAAAACUAAAUUAAUUAAAGGAGACAAAUGGCAAUUUUAUUGUCAAACUUGUAACAUGUAUAAAAAAAGACUUUUUUCCUUUGCCAAAAUGCUCAUCAAGUAGAAGCCUAAUUUGGGCACUGGCAGAUUUUCUUUUCCUCUGUAUUUUUAGUAAAAAAAAAGGAAAAAAAUGAAAAAUGUAAAAGACUUUUCAUGUGGUUGUCGUGUUUUUUGUUUUAAUGAUGAAAGAAUCGCAAAGGGUCUUUAAAGUGGGAGCGAGUGUCAUUCCAUGUCCGGCUAGCAUUACGCACGCAGGCACCGCAAAAGGGUUGCAAACAUUUUUUUUCCAUGUGCAUCGCUCUCUGGAACUUGAGACUGACCCCAUGACAACCCCCCAGCAGUGGGGGGGCGGACUGCCAGCGUUCGCUUUUCCUGGAGGAGCUGGUUCUUCAUGGCCCGAGGCCUUCUGACUUGCCUGAAAGAAGUGACCGUUGGUCCAUGACUGUCCCAUAUUUUCGUUUUUCCUUCUUGGGAAGUUCGCAAGCUCAACUUCUCUGUAUUCCAAGGUACAGUACCCCCUCCUCCUGUACUCACUGCUUGUGAAAUCCUGAACCAGUCAACCCGCUGAGAUGUUGUACAGAAGCAGUCUUACAGGUUGAAGUGCUAUGCUGGCGUUCCCUGGCACCAUUCCUGGAUUUUCCCGGUUAUUUGGAACAAGAACGUAAUCAAGGUGGUUUGUGCCAUGUAGUCUGACGACUAGUGAUUUGUAAAGUUAUUUGUAUAUUGAAAUGUUCUGAGACUUGAGUUUUAAAUGUUUGCUUUUAUCAAAUAAGGGGAAAAAAUCUCAAGAUCCUCAAAGUCCAAUGUUAAGUUUCCUGGAAAAGAAAAAAAAAAUUAUCAGGAAUUAAAAUUUGCAAGCAAUAUGUUCUGUACAUAGGGAUUUUUUUGUUCAAAAUAAAGACGCAAAAGGUAUUCAUUUCAAAAAGUAUACCUAGGUGCAGAUGUAUAUUAUUUAAACAAAAUGUUUUAAUAAUUGGACUAUAGUAUUAAAGGGAAUGUGUUAAUCUACAGUGUCUCCAUUUUUUGAUUUUAUUAGCAUACAUGCGUUAAUAAAAGGAUGUACUGUUUAAGUAUUA